CUAAAGACAACACAUUAGAACACAGAAACCGCCGUUCGUAAGGGCUGUUUUAUUUUGAAGCCAUUAUGGGUUCCGGUAUGGUCACGUGGGUCCAAGAUGGCCGCGCCCUGUGAGUGACAGUUAGUAAGACCUGAGGUACUUUAAAUGUUGGCUGAGGAGCGUCACGUCUGAUCUGACAACUUCUAAAGGAAAGCCUGUCUGCUCCUCAACUCUGGCAACAUGAGCAAGGGCGAAUUAAUUAUCCCGAAAGAUUUCCCCCAACUCCAGAAUGACACAUUCCUAAAAGCGGCGCGAGGUGAACAAACCCGGCACGUCCCUGUGUGGUGUAUGAGGCAGGCUGGCAGAUACCUACCCGAGUUUCGUGAGUUCAGGGCGGGGAAGGACUUUUUUGAAACGUGCCGCUCGCCGGAAGCCUGUUGCGAGCUGACAUUGCAGCCUCUGAGGCGUUUCCCAUUUGACGCUGCCAUCAUCUUCUCAGACAUCCUUGUUGUGCCGCAGGCGAUGGGCAUGGACGUCCAGAUGGUGCCAGGCAAGGGUCCCACAUUCCCCGAGCCCCUGAAGGAGCCGGAAGACCUCCAGCGUCUGUGUGCGAAAGUGGACGUGGACAAGACGCUGGGCUACGUUUUCCAAGCCAUCACGCUCACCAGGCACAAGAUCGAGGGCAAAGUGCCGCUCAUCGGAUUCACGGGAGCGCCGUGGACGCUCAUGUCCUACAUGAUUGAGGGUGGAGGCUCCAGCACCCACUCCAAGGCCAAGCGCUGGCUGUACAAACACCCCGAGGCUAGCCACAUGCUGCUGAGGAUGCUGACUGACGUCAUCGUGGAGUAUCUGCUGGGCCAGGUGGCGGCCGGAGCCCAGGCUCUGCAGGUGUUCGAGUCCCACGCCGGCAUCCUGGGGCCGCUGGAGUUUCAGGAGUUCUCUCUACCGUACCUUAAUGACAUCGCUCGCCGCGUUAAAGAUAAACUCAAAGAGGCGCGACAGGACGUUCCCAUGAUCGUUUUUGCAAAGGAUGCUCAUUACGCUCUCGAAGCUUUGUCUCAGUGUCAUUACGAAGUGGUCGGGCUCGACUGGACCAUUGAUCCCCGCUCAGCACGUGAGAGGACAGGAGGGAAGGUUAGCCUUCAGGGAAACAUGGAUCCAUGUGCACUCUACGCUCCUAAGGAACGUAUCUCAGACAUCGUGAAAAACAUGUUGGAGGGUUUUGGCACCAGAGGCUACAUCGCCAACCUGGGCCACGGUCUGUACCCCGACAUGGACCCAGAGCACGUGGGCGCCUUCGUGGAGGCUGUGCACCAACACUCGAAACAGAUGAUCACACAAACAUAGAGCUGCAAAAUGAUGAAAAAUGUCAAAUGCCGGAUCAUUUUUAUUUUACUUGAAAGUCAAUAAACAGGAAAAAAAACCUUUUAGACAAUGUUAGCCUUAUGAUUGUGCCUAUCUGUACUAUAAAAACAAGGUCCGUUGUUAGUAUUUGGCUUUUUUUCCUGGUCUAAUCUAUCUUUCCAAAGAGCAAUCUCUUGCUUUGUGACACAAAAACAUUCUUCUUUACGGAACAUGCGCAUGAAUGCACCUUUGGUUCUCGCAGUGUAGCUUUUGAGUGCUGUUUUCCUAAAACAAGAUUUUCUAUUAAUCUGAAAUGUCUUGAUCUGGUGGAAGUGGAUUAUGUGUGUGGAUUGAAUGGGAUGACCUCAUUCCUGCUACGUUUACAUUAAAAUACAUGACAUCUGCAUUAAGGCU